AUGACUCUGUUGCUGUACGACGAUCUUUCAACUUGGCGAUCUGACUUGAAGAAGACCGCCAUAAGCACUGUACCAGUAUCAUAUUCGCUUGUUCCUCCGCUUUCAGUCCCCGUUCAAGAAUGUGCUGCUUGGAUCAAACAUGCUGCAGCUGAAUUAAUCAAAGGAUCAUUUUUCUUACGGUUUGGGGUGGAUGAACAGGGGAGAACACAAAACUUUGCUCAUCCUGCCCGUUGUGAAACCGUCAUCUCAUUCUUCUACACAGGACCAUACCGAAUUGCGCGAAGGAUGCCAGAGAUCUUCCGCACGGAAUUGCCCCUUUCAUGUUUGGCUUUGGUUGCUGCAGUGUUCAAUUGUGUCCUCGAUGGCCUUGCGAAGAAUGAACACGGAAAGUCAUACCCGAAUUUUUCCAUGAAGGACUACGGACCUAUCUAUUGUCGGAUGCUGGAAUUGCUCAAAUAUAUCCUUGAGGAUGCAUAUCAUGGGCCUAGGCUGGCUGCAGCUAUGAAUCUCAAAGGAGUUGAUGAGGCGAGGCACGACCACCUGCAGAUUCUUCUCGACUAA